UUCCUCAGUGUCUCUCAAAGUCAGUCAUUCUUGAUACAGUUCUGAUCCUUCACCUGGAUGGAUGCGCUAGAGACCAGUCUUUUUCUUCUGAGAGGGAGGGGACCGAGAGAAGGAAGAAGAGAAACGAUCUGAAGCCCUGUGUUCUCCUUAUGACUUGAUGAUGAUAAUUGGGUACCACUGAAUGAAGCUGAUGCUGCAGCAGGGUGUUUAGUGAUGGGCACCCUGUGUUUGUUUCUUUUACAACAGGCGUAGCUUAAAGUCCGGAUUGCUGAAGCAAGGUGCUUGGAUUAACCCUGAACCUCUAGAAGCGGCUGUCUGCACUGCAGAACAUGUCUAACAGUAACACUACUCAGGAGACUCUGGAAAUAAUGAAAGAAUCAGAGAAAAAACUGGUGGAAGAGUCUGUAAACAAAAACAAAUUUGUAACUAAAACUGCAAGUAAGGAAGAAGUUGACAAAGAGGGUGAAGAGGCUGUUUUGCGCCAGGAGACACAGAGACGGACAUCUAGCCAUGGUCACAACAGGAAAAGAGCCAAGUCUAAUUCCAAGCUCAAGUUGGUACGCAGUCUGGCGGUGUGUGAGGAAUCCUCCACUCCAUUUGCUGAUGGGUCACUAGACAUGCAGGAUAUAAUUCAGUUGCACAUCAGCUGCCCCUCUGACAAGGAGGAAGAAAAGUCCACAAAGGAUGUCUCUGAAAAGGAAGACAAAGACAAAAGCAAAGAAAAGGUCCCCAGGAAGAUGCUGUCCAGAGACUCCAGCCAAGAGUAUACCGACUCCACUGGAAUAGACCUACAUGAAUUUCUUGUAAAUACACUGAAAAAGAACCCAAGGGACAGAAUGAUGCUGCUAAAAUUGGAACAGGAGAUUCUGGAAUUUAUCAGUGACAACAAUAACCAGUUCAAGAAGUUCCCUCAGAUGACCUCAUACCACCGGAUGCUAUUACACCGGGUAGCUGCCUAUUUUGGGAUGGACCACAAUGUUGAUCAAACUGGGAAAGCUGUCAUCAUCAACAAAACCAGCAACACAAGAAUCCCUGAACAGAGGUUCUCAGAACACAUAAAAGAUGAGAAGAACACAGAAUUUCAACAGAGAUUCAUCCUCAAGAGAGAUGAUGCCAGUAUGGACCGAGACGACAACCAGAUCAGAGUUCCAUUGCAGGAUGGAAGGAGGAGCAAGUCAAUAGAAGAGAGAGAGGAGGAAUAUCAAAGGGCCCGAGAGAGAAUAUUUGCCCGAGAGACUGGCCAGAAUGGAUAUCUAAGUGACGUCAGACUCUCCAAAGAAGCCUUUUCUUCUAGCUCUCACAAAAGAAGGCAGAUUUUUAGGGGCAACCGUGAAGGGUUGAGCCGCACCUCAAGCAGCCGACAGAGCAGCACAGACAGCGAACUCAGAUCCCUGGAGCCACGGCCUUGGAGCAGCACAGACUCAGAUGGGUCUGUCCGGAGUAUGCGACCGCCUGUCACCAAAGCCAGCAGCUUCAGUGGGAUCUCCAUCCUCACCCGCGGUGACAGCAAUAAAGGCGGCAGUGCCGGAAGGGUCUCUCGGCCAGGUAUGGCACUAGGUGCCCCAGAAGUGUGCAACCAGGCCACCUCACCCCAGUCUGUCCGGGGCCUUCUCUCUUGUACUGCCCAGCAGCAGCAGCAGCAGCAACAACUUCCUGCUCUCCCUCCCACGCCUCAACAAGCGCCACCCCUGAAUAGUCACAUGAUUUCACAGCCAGUCCCGGCCCUGCAGCCCUCUCCGCAGCCUGUUCCGUUCUCUCCAAGCUCCUGUCCCCAAGUCCUCCUGCCAGUCUCUCCGUCCCAGCAGUACAACAUGGCAGAUGACCUCAGCAACCCAUUUGGACAGAUGAGCCUUAGCCGCCAAGGUUCUACGGAAGCAGCUGAUCCAUCCUCAGCUCUGUUCCAGCCCCCACUUAUUUCCCAGCAUCCUCAACAACCUAGCUUCAUCAUGGCUUCUGCAGGACAGCCCCUCCCUACUUCCAACUAUCCCGCCUCCAGCCAUGCGCCACCUGCUCAGCCCGUCCUUCCACCCCAAGGCUACAUGCAGCCCCCUCAACAGAUCCAGGUUUCUUACUACCCCCCUGGACAGUAUCCUAAUUCCAACCAGCAAUAUCGACCUCUCUCUCACCCGGUGGCCUAUAGCCCCCAGCGUGGUCAGCAGCUGCCUCAGCCAUCUCAACAGCCUGGUCUGCAGCCCAUGAUGCCUAACCAGCAGCAGACGGCUUACCAAGGCAUGCUCGGGGUCCAGCAGCCUCAGAACCAGGGCCUGCUCAGCAACCAGAGGAGCAGCAUGGGAGGCCAGAUGCAAGGCCUGGUGGUUCAGUACACUCCACUGCCUUCUUACCAGGUCCCAGUGGGCAGUGACUCACAAAAUGUGGUCCAGCCGCCUUUCCAGCAGCCCAUGUUGGUCCCUGCCAGCCAGUCUGUGCAAGGAGGCCUCCCAGCAGGGGGUGUGCCCGUAUACUACAGCAUGAUCCCACCAGCUCAGCAGAACGGCACAAGCCCUCCUGUGGGGUUUCUGCAGCCUCCUGGCUCUGAGCAGUACCAGAUGCCUCAGUCUCCCUCUCCCUGCAGCCCACCACAGCAGUACUCAGGAGUGUCAACUUCUGGACCAGGUGUGGUGCUCAUGCAACUGAAUGUCCCUAAUGGACCCCAGGCCCCCCAGAAUCCAUCCAUGGCCCAAUGGAGUCACUGCAAAUACUACAGUGUGGACCAGCGAGGUCAGAAGCCUGGAGACCUGUACAAUCCUGAUGGCGGCCCCCAGGCCAACGCACAAAUGGGCAGCAGCCCAGUCACAUCUCCUACCCAGUCUCCAGCACCCUCUCCUGUCACCAGCCUCAGCAACGUCUGCACUGGACUCGGUCCCCUGCCUGUCCUCACGCCAUUCCCCCGGCCGGGGGGUCCUGCACAGGGUGAUGGGCGAUAUUCCCUGUUGGGUCAGCCAUUACAGUAUAACCUGUCCAUCUGCCCUCCCUUACUGCAUGGCCAGUCAACUUACACGGUGCACCAGGGACAGAGUGGAUUGAAGCACGGAAACAGAGGCAAGAGACAGGCACUCAAAUCCGCCUCCACUGACCUGGGGACAGCAGAUGUCGUGCUGGGGAGGGUUCUGGAGGUGACAGACCUCCCUGAAGGGAUCACCCGUACAGAGGCAGACAAACUCUUCACCCAGCUUGCCAUGUCUGGUGCCAAGAUCCAGUGGCUUAAGGAUGCUCAGGGGUCGCCUGGUGCAGGUGGAGGGGACUACCGUGGCCCUGCUGAGAAUGGCCGGCACUCGGACCUUGCUGCCUUAUACACUAUAGUGGCUGUGUUCCCCAGCCCGCUGGCCGCCCAGAACGCCUCCCUUCGCCUCAACAACUCUGUGAGUCGCUUCAAACUUCGAGUGGCCAAAAAGAACUACGACCUGAGGAUCCUGGAGCGAGCCAGCUCCCAAUGAAUGGGGGAGGGAGGCUGGUACAGUAGGAGUGGGGGCCGAGGCAGAACUGGGCCGGAGUCGACCACCUCAAGGCUGAAGAGAGAAGCAGAGUCUCACACUGGCACGGGACUCUUUCCACUCCCUUGCCAUGGUCCCUUUCCCCUGCAGCCCCCUUCAGUUUCCUCCUUCCCAUCCUCUUCUGCCAUUUUUUUAAAUCUCCUCCCACCAUGGAAUUAAUUUCUUUCAUAUUUUUUGGUCAAGUAGAAUUGAAAGGGUCCCACACUCCCCCUUCCCCCAUUUCCGCACCUUCCAGCCUCCCUCUCUGGUCUUCAUGAAUAUAUUUAUAUGGACAGAAUUAAGAAAAGUAAAUUGAUUUCCCCAUUC